AUGGCCUGUAUCUACCCAACCACUUGCUAUACCUCUCUUCCAACCAAAAGUCUUAAUACAGGAAUAUCCCUCACCACAAUCCUAAUACUGUCAGUAGCUGUCCUGCUGUCCACAGCAGCCCCUCUGAGCUGCCAUGAGUGUUAUCAGUCUUUGUACUACAGAGGGAAGAUGCAACAAUACUUUACUUACCAUACUCAUAUAGAAAGAUCCUGUUAUGGAACCUUAAUUGAGGAAUGUGUUGAAUCAGGAAAGAGUUAUUAUAAAGUAAAGAAUCUAGGAGUAUCUGGCAGUCGUAAUGGGGCUAUUUGCCCCAGAGGGAAGCAGUGGCUUUGCUUCACCAAAAUUGGACAAUGGGGAGUAAACACUCAGGUGCUCGAGGACAUAAAGAGAGAACAGAUUAUAGCCAAAGCCAACGCCUCAAAACCAACAACUCCCCCUGAAAAUCACCCGCGGCAUUUCCAUUCCUUUAUACAAAAACUAUAAGCAGAUGCAUCCCUUCCCAAGCCAGGAAAAAACCUGUUUGUAGAUCUAGGAGAACCAUCGCGCUUACCAUGAAUGUGUCCAAUUGCUGGGCAUGCGGGGGAGCUUUAUGAGUGAACAGUGGCCGUGGGACGGGACAGACAUUCCCCCUUACUUACUGGCAUCCCAAAACCCCAGCCUCACUUUCACUCCUCAGGAACGCCCGCAGUCCUGGACACUUACCAACCCAGUAAGAGGGACGGCGUGCAUAUCCCGCAAGUGGACUGAUAAAACCCAU